AAACAUGUGACAGGCUGGGACAAGGUUAAAGAUCGUUUUCUCCUUGCUGUAAAAGCUGAUCUGCCUGCAGCCGCCACAGCCUCCAGCGGUGUCCACAGUUGGAACCCACGCAGGAAGAAGUCGUCGUGAUGUCGGACGAUUUCUUAUGGUUUGAAGGCAUAGCUUUCCCUAAUAUGGGUUUCAGAUCCGAAACCUUAAGAAAAGUACACGAUGAGUUCGUGAUAAAGGAUGAAGAUGUAAUAAUAUUGACUUACCCCAAAUCAGGAACAAACUGGUUGAUUGAGAUUCUCUGCCUGAUUCACUCCAACGGGGAUCCCAAGUGGAUCCAAUCUGUGCCCAUCUGGGAGAGAUCACCCUGGGUAGAGACUGAGAUGGGGUAUAAAUUACUCAGUGAAGAGGAGGGCCCACGUCUCUUCUCCUCCCACCUCCCCAUCCAGUUAUUCCCCAAGUCAUUCUUCAGCUCCAAGGCCAAGGUGAUUUAUCUCAUGAGAAAUCCCAGAGAUGUUUUCGUGUCUGGUUAUUUUUUCUGGAAUAGCGUGAAGUUCGUUAAGAAACCAAAGUCAUGGGAACAAUAUUUUGAAUGGUUCUGUCAAGGAAAUGUGAUCUAUGGGUCAUGGUUUGACCACAUUCACGGCUGGAUGCCUAUGAGAGAGAAGAAAAACUUUCUGUUAUUGAGUUACGAGGAGCUGAAACAGGACACAAGAACGAACUGUAGAGAGAUCUGUCAGUUCCUGGGAAAAGACGUUGUAGAACCGAAGACUGAACGUAAUUCUUCAAGAAACAGCUGCCUUUUCCAGAGAUGAAAGAAAAAAAAGAUCGUCCAAUUUUUUCCCCUCCUGAAAGUGGGUGAUUUUGUAGAGGACAAAGGCACAACUUUGAGAAAAGGUUUCUGCUUCAUGUUUCCAGGCGUAUCUGGGGACUGGAAAAAUCACCUCACAGUGGCCCAGGCUGAAGCGUUUGAUAAACUGUUCCAGGAGAAGAUGACAGAUCUUCCUCGAGAGCUGUUCCCCUGGGAAUAGCGUCCAAAACACUCUGGAUCUUACAUGGAGAAUGACGUUGGUUCUCCUGUCCUUGUACAUGUACCCGACUGGGGGUCAUUGCAUAAGACUUAUUAUUUUAUCCUGAAGCCUUAAAUAUCAAACCUCUGCA